CACUGGAAGCUCCUUUAGAUUAGAACUCGCCUCCCCUGUCUUUUCCCCCUUCAGAGCCAAUUAAAGCUCGCUGGGGCUUUAAGAGGAAACGUGCUCCCAAGCCCUGCAUCUCCUUCUGCCACUAAAAUGAGCACCAUUCUCUCUUGCCAAGAUCCGUACUUUGUAGGGGGCCCGGGCCACGAUUGCCCCUAUUCCGACUCAACGUCAGCAGCCAGUGUUGAUGUUUCCAAGGAGACUUGGGUUUCUUUCUGGGCUUCUGGUCUCCUGGACGACACCAGCGAGAACCAACAAGAAGGACAGGCCCCGGACCAGUUCUGUGGCUUGGGUUUUACUAUUCCAGAUGACACGUGGCAAGGAGAUCAGCUGUCCUCCCAGCUCUACAGAAACAAACAGCUUCAAGACACCUUGCUACAGAAGGAAGAGGAACUUGCCAGGUUACAUGAAGAAAAUAACAACCUCCGACAAUACCUGAAUUCUGCCGUGGUUCAGUGUUUGGAAGACAAGGCAAAGAAACUACUGCUGCACAGUGGCCAGAAGAAACAUGCAAUUCUCAAAAGUGGCAAGAGGAAAUUUAAAGAGGACAGUUACCUGGCCCCUCGAGAGACUCCUAACCCCUCAAAAGCCAGGAGGAACCUACUCAGUGAUUUUACUGCCUGCGAAGAACAAGCUACUCCGCCCGUGGAUACCUGGGUACUGCAAACCCUGGGACUAAAAGAUAUCAACACUAUCGAUGAGUCUUUAUCAGCUAACUACAGUGCCCUGUCCUCUGAGCUUGGAAAAAGCUCAUGCUGCCAGAGCCAUGGAGAGGCAAUGGACUACUGUAAUGAUGAGGACCCAAUAGCUGCUUAUGGCUGUGAUCAGAUGACUCCUAUAACCAGCACUGCCAGCCCUGGGAAGCAGGAUUUACCCUACAUCCAGCCACUUUCUUCAGCACCAUAUGCUUCCUUGACCCUGCCCAGCGAUGCCCCUUUCCCACCUUACGGAUUGCCUUACUUCGCCAAUGACGUGUCACCAAACAAAACCGAUGUGGCCUUUACAACCUCCCUGAGCCCCCACCGCAACGUCAAAACACACACCUUCCACCAGGGACAGGUCUUCGUGCGCCGAGAGGAGGACGGAGGCUGGAAAUUCACCUGGGUCCCCAAGCAAUCCGAGUGACUCCCCCUUGCCCCCACUUCUGAGCACUGCCAUCAGUGACAUGUUUACAAACACUUACAACUGCAGAAACCUUUCUUGCACUUAAGAUUGAUGCUGAGAACAGAAGCAACAUCCCCUACAGGCUGUUAUCUCAUGCUCUCUGAAAUGCUACAUUAUAUCAUCCACCCAUUCACCUCCGGACGCUCCUAAUUCUUGCAGGAAUGGCUCCAGAUUGCCUUUGGAAAUGUAUCCGCGCAGGGCCAGAUGUAAAACUAGCCCCCCAUUCAUUUCAGCUCUCUCCACAUCUGUGAGACCACCUACCACCACUUAUUCACAACCCCUCCGCCACCAGCCAGCUUCUGCCAUCUUGUACCUUCCUGGCUGAAAUGUACCCAACCAUUCCUGUUUCUGACACUCUGGUGACCACCCCUACCCGGACUGGGAAGCCAGGAGCUGGAGCAAGGUUUUUGGGAGACAGUUAAGGAGCAGCAUCUCUGCCACAGCCCUUUUGUGCCGGCAUCCUAGGGGACCACAGCCAGAGAAUGAAGGCUGGUUCUCUGGCUGUUAGAUCAGUGAUGUUCUGGAGAGUUGAGCCCCCAGUGGCUGCAUAAAUUGCAUAGGAGGAAAGCAAUUGCUGAUCUGUUGUCCUUUAAUGUAAUGCUUGGUUGGUUUACAUACAGUCACUUACGGCUGUCGUUUUUUGAGGCGUCCUCAAAAUGAGCAGGAUUUGCUCCUAUUGCCUGCAGGUUGCCUUGUAAGUGCCAAGCAACACGUCAACUCUAAUGGGUUUUCUGCGCUAACCAAGCAGCCAGCACAUUUACCGCAUGAUGCUUUUCAAAGCUAUUUCCCUGGUGAGACAGCUGUAGCUGGACAUGCGUUUGUGCUAUCUCUGGAAAUACAGACGAUGAGUCAAGCCCUCAGCAGCUGUCAAUUGGUGUAACUCCACUGACGUCACCAACGGAGGGUCCGGCCCAAUAUAUUGGCAGGAGAAGUUUUAUAUAGUGUGGAAAAAAAUAUGUUUGGUGCCUUACUAGCCACCACGAAAGAUACAUUCUCUUCCACUCACAAUAUUGUCUUGGCCCCACCACUGGUUCACGUGCUGUCUGGUACUGAGUCACUUCCAGGGACAUUCCUUGGGUUGUCUUCAAUAUUGUGCUAUGGGCUAGGGGAAACUCUUACUCAUGAGAGCAGCCCUUAUCACACUCAGUUUCUGUGGCUUUCACAGGGCUACUGUGGACAGUAAAAGCCACUCUUGUGAAGUCUGGCAGUUGCUUUCCAUUCCAGAAAAUGCCAUGUAGACCGUUCAGUUCUAGUUUCCUUUGAGGGUGUGCGGGGAUCCAACUUUACACAAGAGCAACACUGGCCAGAAUGUUGGUUUACAGAAAUUGCUGUUGGUAAUGACAGAAUUGGGCUUUUCUAGUACACUUGCUCUGCGGAAUGUAUCCCUCAAUUAAGGGGUAGUAUCAUUGAGUGAUUAAAGCAGUUGAUUGCAAACCACGUCCCAUUCGAGGUUCUACCACUCACAUAUCUCCCAGGGUUGUGAGGCUAAAUACAUCACUUUCUUGAAAGCGCAUUCAAACCCGUGGGUUCAGUGUGCUAGUCAACUGCACCAUGCUUUUAUUAAACUAACAACAAAAUGAAGUCAACGUACAGGAAGUCAACUUACCAACCACACAUUUUAUGUGACCCUUAUUUGCUAAUUUACCCCCCUUUGACUUUUUGAUACUUAAAUAUUGGUAGCAUUGAAAACCAAGGGACCAGUCUGGCAAUCCUGGCUCUCAUUAUUUGUCCUAUUGACCUCAGUGCAACUGUUGUCCUUGUGUGAGUAAAGGUCCUCCAGUUGCUUAUUUUAAUAUAAAAUUUAGAUACAACUUGAUUCUAUUUUGAUGAGGAUUAAAAUCCAUUUUCUAUUCAAAAUAUUCGCUUGUGCCUUAGAAUCUCAGUAUUUUAGCUUUUGAUUCAGGAGCUAAACUAAUUCCUCCCAUGGUAUUUAAAUCAACAAGCAAAUCUCUAUUUGUUCGUAACUUAUUUUAAAAUAAUAAGGCAGGCUUUCCGUGCAUAGAAUCAACAGUUUAAAUGCUUGCAUUGGAGGGAACAUAAAUUAAUUAAUGUUUAACCCAGUGCAAUAAUUCUCACGAAUUAAACCCCAGGAGUUUGAUGCUGUUUCCAUUGAAGCCACUGGAGGUUUUGUCAGGUUCAGCAAGAGCAGGAUCCAGGCUACUGUUGUUCCGUAGCAAUGUAAUUUGCUGCUUAGGUAUAUUUUAAAUAAAAGCAGAAAAGUUGUUCCUGGUAAAAAUAAGUCCUCCUUUCUUUUCUUUUCUUUUUUUUUUUUUUAUAAGCAAACCAUUAGCCAGCUCUAGCCCAAACUGUAUAGGAUGAUGUUGAAGAAAAGUACAGAUAGGGUGAUGUUUUGUACAGUUAAGGUUACUGUUGUACAGAGUGUAGACAAUUCAUUGCUUAAUUCCCUUUCCUUAACAUGAAAUGUUUUUGUGUGUGUGUUUGCUGAAUACCAUGCUCAAAAUAAUUAGACAAUGUGACCAUAGGAUUAAUCCUCAAGCUAGCUGAACAUUUCUUAUAUAUUUCAAAGCAACUACACAAUGUGAGUACAGAGUGCAAUUCUAUUGCAUGACUUUUAGUGCUGUAGAAUUGAGUGCCUUUUACAACAUUAAAAAACCAAGAGCUUUUUAAUCCUAAAAUUGAUUUUUAACCCUAAUGAAUUAAAAAUGAGCGAUUAAGUCAUCCUCUCUGUUUAAUAUCUUUCGUUGAUAUUUAUAGAUCACAUGCUUCUUGGAGCAAAAGCCUUAUUUUCCUCUGUUAUUUACUAUACACCACUGGGGUGGAAUUCACCCCCUUUAGAGUUCUAGCAGGAAGUCUAUGCAGCACUUAAGUCCCAACUAAACCCUCAAAAUAGAGUUUAAAUGAAACUUAAUUGGUGCCUAGACCUUUGCCAGCCCUCUGAUCAGGGAUGAAUUUCACCCUUCUCAUUUAACAAAUAAAUUAUAGAGCUGAGUGAAUAAUUCAGAAUGAAUAAUUUAUCCAGUUUAUCCAAUUUUUCCUGCAGUUUUGUCAGUUUUAUUCCGCACAAUGUUUUAACUCUAUGGUUUCCCACAGAUUGUUCUUUAAGUAUUUACUGUUUGAGGUCACUUUCAGUAGCUGGGACUGGCCAGAUUAAGUCACAAGGCAUUGCUUCUGUUCCAUGAUUGGUGAAAAUACAUGCACGUGCAAAUUUAAGAGUAUGCUUUGGGCAAAUGUUGCAGCAUGUGACUUUGAAAUUUGCUCUUUGCAACCACUUACGCUAAUUAAAUUUAAUGACACGAAUGUUCACAUAUAGCAAACACAAAAUGAUGAUAAGAAUUUAAGAUAAUAUUCCUGAAAUAUUUUUAUUUGCAAUAUUCAUUUAGUUCUCACACAAAAACAGAUGACAUUUCCUCUAGAAACUGCAUCAGCAGUUGAGUUUGGAUUUACCAUGACACCAAGAGCACUAAUUAAAAAAAGAAGUCUUUCUUCCUUAGUUGGCUUACUACUUUUCCACUGUAAGAAAGUUAAUCAUGAUGCCAAACUUAAGGAACAUCUGUCUUUUACUGUUCCUUUCAAAAAUUAUAUAUUCCCCAAGGGCCCAAUCCUGCUCUCAUUGACUUAAUCAAGAACAGGUUCAAUAUUAAAGUGUGAUUUUUGGUUACACAUUGUUCCUAUUGUGAUAAAAUUGAUGGUUUAUGGUGGUCUAGUAAAUAGGGGCCUGGACUGGGAUUACUCAAGAGAUUUGGGUUCAGUCUCUGGCUGACCUAUAUGCUUACUAUGUGACCUUGGGCAAGUCAUUUAAUCUACCCCAUUCCUCCAUUCCCCAUCUGUAAAAUGGGGCUAGUCUUUCCCUAACACACUAGGUUGUGAGUUUCAAAAGCAAAUCAAGCAGUUAGUGCAAGGGAGUAGGAAUUGGAAGUUCUGGAUUCUGGCUUUGAGUCACUUACCCUUGUGCCUCUGCUAUUACUGGUCCCAAUUUAAAGGGACCAGUUCUUAUCAAACUGAAUAGAAAUUGGGACACUAGCUGCUGUACACUACGGGGGAAAUUUGCUGUAAUGCUAACUGCCAAGGGCCAGCAGGCCCAGAUACCACUUAAAUUCUGGUUCAGCCCUUGAAAUGGGGUUUGGUUAAGUGAGACUUAACUGGUCCAGAAGCACUGGCUGCUGGCCCUUUGUGUAGGGGUGAAUUUUACCCACUGUAAAUAUCCAUCUUGUAUUAACAUAUUUGUUUUAUUUUUUUAUCCGAAGGCGGGUUUUUUUCAUUAUGUGAAUGUAACCGAUGCCAGCUGCACAUUUUAAACCCAAUCUGUGUCUUUAGAAAUGUGUGAUAAUAUAAACGGCAAUUAAUUUAACACUUAAUAUUUAGAUGUUUAUGAUUUGUGUGUAUGUGUGUGAUUGAAAAGAGGUUCUAAUUAUAUGUAAGAGUCAAUUUUAUUCGCAUCAAUAAGUUAUGUCUAAUAAAACCUGAAAUAAC